GUGCGCGUCCGCGAAGGCGUCCUCCGUCCUUGUGAUUUGCGCGCAUGCGCAGUGCUGCCCGCCUGACCUUCAUCUGCUAGCAUGUUCGCCAGGACCAGCGCGUUGCUCUUCUCUCCGCAAUGCGGGCAGAUCAGGAACAUGGCCACCUUGAAGGACAUCACCAUCCGCCUGAAGUCCAUCAAGAACAUCCAGAAGAUCACCAAGUCCAUGAAAAUGGUGGCCGCCGCCAAGUACGCUCGGGCUGAGAGGCAGCUGAAGCCCGCCCGAGUCUACGGCACCGGCGCCCUCUCUCUGUACGAGAAGGCGGGGAUCAAGGCGCCCGAGGACGAGGCGACCAAGCACCUGAUCGUCGGCGUGAGCUCCGACCGCGGCCUCUGCGGCGCCAUCCACUCGGGCGUGGCCAAGAACAUCAAGAACCAGAUUGCCAACUUGACGGCCGGCGGCAAGGAGGUGAUGGUGGUCAACGUGGGCGACAAGCUGAGAGGUCUGCUGCACAGAACGCACGGCAAGCACAUCGUGCUCAACUGCAAGGAAGUGGGCCGCAAGCCGCCCACCUUCGGGGACGCGUCCGUCAUCGCCGGCGAGCUGCUCAACUCCGGCUACGAGUUUGACCGGGGAACCGUCGUGUACAACAGCUUCAGGUCCGUCAUCUCCUACAAGACGGCCCAGCAGCCGCUCUUCUCCACCGAGGCCGUCGCCGGCGCGGAGGCCAUGGGCGUGUACGACGACGUCGACGCCGACGUGCUGAGGAGCUACCAGGAGUUCGCCCUGGUCAACAUCAUCUACUUGGCGCUGCGCGAGUCGUCCACCAGCGAGCAGAGCGCCAGGAUGACCGCCAUGGACAGCGCCAGCAAGAACGCUUCCGAGAUGAUUGACAAGCUCACCCUGACCUUCAACCGCACUCGCCAAGCCGUCAUCACCAAGGAGCUGAUCGAGAUCAUCUCCGGAGCCGCCGCUCUGUAAGCGACGAGACGGACGAUUAAAUGUGACGCAAACGAGUCCGGCCACGUUUAUGUUUGUGUUUGUAAAAUAUACGUAGAGAAUAAAACUCUUACACAAUCA